GAGUAUCUUAUACGCCGUACUAGUAUUAGACGGAGCCGUGAAUUGCUUUCUUAGUGAAUUUGACAGCGGCAUGGCAUUUUUGUCCAUCUAGGCUACCGUAUCAUAUUUUAAUAACAGAGUACAUAUCCUCAUGCAGUGAAAACAUUGACAUAAUUGAAGGAUACUAACCAACAUUCACAAUUAUAAUGUUUUUAGAUACUCUUUUCAUGUUAGUAUAUGAUCGUGACCCGUCCAAGCUACUUUCUUACAUGCCUGUGAAGCUCGACACAGUUGACCAAGCGCUCAUUAACUGUGAUUCCAUCCUUACCAUAGCCAAGACCGGACUACUCAAAGCUCAACAACGCAUGAAACUUCAAUACGAUAAGGGCCACCAGGGCUUGUCAUUCGCCCCAUUCGCCCCAGGUGAUUGGGUUUGGCUUCGAAUUCAUCCACAUCACCAAUUGUCAAUCAUCAGACAAACUCACAAGCGUUCACCCAAGUUUUUCAGGCCCUUUCAGAUAAAGGAAGCUAUUGGGCCAGCAGCCAGCUGCAUAUUGCCAAAUACUUCCUCCAACGAGCAAAAUUCAUGACUUCUUUCAUGUCUCUUACUCAAGCUGCAUAGAGGAGACACCAUCGGCAAUGGGAACCUUACCAGAACUGAAUAACCUAGAACCCCCACUCUGCCCUCUGUCCAUUUUGAAGGCUCGUCCAUAUCGGGGUAGUUGGGAACUCCUUGUCCAUUAGGCAGGUAAGCUACUGGAAGAGGCUACAUGGGAAACACUGGAUUCCUGCCAUGAGAAUUGUCCUGAUUUUGAUCGUGAGGACAAGCUCGUUGUCCACGGGGGAGUAAUGGUAUGGGUUGGGUCGGUUUGGCAGAGUCUACCAAAGACAGUCAAAGAAGGGACCAACUUGAGUGGUCUUCAGUAUUUUAAUUAAUUAAACCAGUUUCUUUCUUUGAGUAUAAUACCAGUUUAUUUAUUCAACUUUCCUUAUACUAGUUUGGGAGCUUCUUCAUUACUUCUUUCCUAUUAUUGUUUUAGGGUAACUAGUCUUUUACCUAUUUAAGGCUUAGCGGUUGAAAUAAUAAGAUCAUCUUUGGAAUAUUGAUUUUUAUUUGGCGCACGGUGGAACCUACGAAGACUCCUUGCCAAGGGCCAGAUUCGAUUAAUAUUUCAGACACCUUGGACUAGAUCCUGUGCCAAGGCCCUUAACGGCUUAACCUAUUAGCUCCUUCACUUUUGCAGCUAAUCAUAAUUUGGGUGGAUAUGUACCUCAUGACUAUAAUAAAUUGAGAACCUCAUUACUUCAACGGGAGAAAGCACAUGUGGAGAUAUGUUUGGGACCAAUAAAAAGCACUUGGUGUGAAAAAGGUGUCAACAUCAUUAGUGAUGGGUGGAGUGAUCCACAUGACCACAAAGGAGGCCUUUGAAUAAUAUGAUGGUUGUUUGCGACUCUGGAUCCAUGUUAUUAAAGUUGUGGAUUGCUUAGGUGAAGUAAAGGAUAAGCAUUUCAUAGCUAAUAUAUUGAUAGAUGGUAUUAAUGAAAUUGGUCUAUCAAAAAGUGAUAAAAUUAUCAUUGAUAAAAUUAUCAUUGGAAAAAUCAUUAAGGGUAUGUAUCUACAUAUUUAUUGGAAGCCAUAUGUGAUUCAUAUUCUUAAUAUUGCUUUGAAGAAUAUAUUUGCAGCAAAAAAUGUGGAUACCAAUGCAGAAACAUAUGAAAAAAGAGUGUCAUUGGAUUACUGAGAUUCAUGGAGAUGCUUUGCAUUUAAUUUUUUUUUAAUAAUGAAUCAUUCAAUAAGACUCUCUAUGUUCAUCCGAUUUAUCAAUUUAAAGUUGUUUUGCUUUAUUUCUAUUGCUGUUAUGCUUAAGAGGUCUAAAUUUCAUCGACAUUCUUUGGAACCAAUGGUGUUGAGUGACCAAUGGGCAGGGUAUCGUGAUGAUGAUCAGGAAAAGCUAGACUUGUUCGUGAGAAGAUCUGGGAUGAAGCUUGGUGGGAGAAGGUUGAUUACAUAUUAAAAUUCAUUGAUCCUAUCUAUGAAAUGAUUAGGAUUUGUGAUACACAUAAACCGUGUCUUUAUUUGAUUUAUGAAAUGUGAGACUCAAUGAUCGAAAGGGUGAGGAAGUUUAUCUUUUAACAUGAAGGAAAAUCGUUUUCAGAGUAUUCUACUUUUUAUUAUGUGGUUCAUGAUAUAUGUGAUAUUUUGUAUUUUUUUUUGUAUUAAAGCUACUACAGUGAAUAAUGGAGUCAAUAAGAAGUUCAUGGAUUAUUUCGACAUAUGGACAGUGAGCUAUAUGUAGAGAGGAAUACAUGUUUUAGAAGAAUUGUUUCCUCUGAAGAGCGCACAAAAGCAAAUGAUGAAUAUGCUGAUUUCUCUCUUAAGCUUGGUCAAUUUAGUGAUCUGGAUUCUAUCGCUGCAAUAUUUCACACCGAUCCUAGAAAGUGGUAUGGUUCAUGUGCUCCAUUACUCCUUCGCUUAAACGGAAUAUGCUAAAUCCAAACAUGGUGAAGAUUUAGUGUUUAUUCAUAAUAAUCUUAAUAUGCUGUCAAAGGAAUUCGCAGAAUAUAAUGUCGGCGGACUGAAAUGUGAGAUGUUGGUGAAGAUCAAUUUGCAAGCUUGAAACAUGUUGGAGUGCUUGAAUUUGCCAAUUUGUAUUUGGACGAACUAGAGCUUGAACGUGUUUUCUUUAGCGAUGAUGUUAAUGAAGUGGAAAAUGAACCCACUCUAGUUUAAUUUAUU